AUGGGUUCAGACAAGCUUUUUGGACCCAAAAAAACACCAAAGCUCUUUGUGUUGGGUUCAGACAAGCUUUUUGGACCCAAAAAAACACCAAAGCUCUUUGUGUUCGGAGACUCUUACGCUGAUACCGGAAACACGAAGAGCGACACAGAGGCUUGGGCCGUCCCUUACGGUAUCACUUACCCCGGUAAACCUUCCGGUCGUUAUUCUGAUGGUCUCAUCGCCACCGAUUUUUUAGCAAAAGUGUUAGGGGCAGAGUCACCUUAUCUUUAUAGAACUGACGGGAAAAAGAAAACCCUAAAAAAAGGAAUGAAUUUUGCGUUCGGGGCGUCCAAAGUGUUGGACUCCUCCUCUACGAAUAGUCCAUUCCCCAAUAUAUCUGCUCAGGUGAAUCUCUUGGUAGACAUCGUCCUCGCCGGCCGUGUCCAAGGAGACAUUACUCCCUCCGACGUCUCUCUCAUCAGCUACGCUGGAGGCGAUUAUAUUUAUUACAUUGACCAAAAUCGCCCUGCCGCUGGAUUGAAGGAGUUAGUAGAGCAAGUGGUGGAUUAUUUACACGUUAAUAUGAUAAUUUUGAGUGGCCUCUUGUUUAAGAAGGUAGCAGUGACAUCGCUGCAGCCGAUCGGAUGCCUCCCUUCUUACACCUCUUCAUCCUCGUUCAAGCGUUGCAACGAGUCACAAAGCGCAAUGGUACAACUCCACAACAAAUUGUUGAAAAAAGUGGUGGUCAAGCUCAACGAACAGUCCAGGGUUCAGAAGAAAGGUCAGCAUUACUACAUCAUUGAUAUUCAUCACGCCUUCAUGACCGUGCUGGAGAACAAAGGGAGCAAAAGAUUUAAAAACCGGAUGAAGUCGUGCUGCGAUGGUUAUUGUGGGCGUUUGGAUGAGGGUGAAAAGUUGUAUACCUUAUGUGAUGAUCCUAAGUCUUUUUUCUUUUGGGAUGAAGUUCACCCUACUCAAGAAGGAUGGAGAUCGGUUUACUCAGUAUUAGAGAACCCUUUAACCGACUCAAUGACCAAACCGUAAAACCACUUGUUAAAACUCCCAAAUGAAAUUUAUAACUUUUGGAUUUGUUCUUAAUUAUGAAGGAAUCAACAAUAAAAUAUGAUUGCAAUAUUUCAUUCAUUAACAUAAGAUAAGAAAUUGCAAUUAAAACAAAGACGAAAUAAAAGAUUUUGGUAUCCAUUUAUACUCUAAUUUUGGCGUUUCUUUACCAUGUGUAAAGUAAACUCCAUCUUCUCUAACAUCCCAAAAAUUUUGUUUACCAUGAUCAAAUAUGCCACUGGCACCUUCAUAUGCCCUAAACAAUACAUCUCCAAGUACUCCCUGCGUUAACUGACAAUCCAUUUUGUUUUUGAGAAGAUAUUUGCCAUGAAACUUAUAAUCGUAGGUUUCUCCAGGGUCCAUAAAAAGUUGAAAUUGUUCUUUUUUGUUUAAAGUACACGAAAUUUUGAUUUGCUUUCCUGGAUUAAGAGAGUUCUUAAACUGAACUAAAUUUUCUCCAAAUAGUUUUCCGUCACUCGACCGGACACAUAAUACCAUGACAAACAAAAAGCACGAGAAGCCAUUCAUAUCGUCUUGAUCAGUAUAUUUGUUUUUUUUUUAUA